UUAUUUCACAGAGUGCCGAACGUGACGAAGAUGGCCACGGAAAUAACAGGCCCACUGUUGUACUCGGUGAGCGCGGCCGUGCUGGGCAUGCUCCAGUUCGGUUACAACACGGGCGUCAUCAACGCGCCGCGCGAAUUCAUCGAGACCUUCAUCAGAGACCAGUAUCAGGCAGAUGAGACCCGCAGCUCCUUUCUGUUCGGCAUCAUUGUUUCCAUCUUUGCCGUGGGAGGCAUGAUCGGCUGUCCGCUCGCCAGUUGGAUGGCGGAGAAAUAUGGACGCAAAAAUGCUCUCCUCAUGAAUGCAGCAUUUGGUGUUAUCGCGGCCGCUUUAAUGGCCUUCAGCAAGCUUGCAGGCUCCGUGGAAAUGAUAAUUAUCGGAAGAUUCCUUAUCGGGAUCAACUGCGGUUUUGCCACAACUGUCUCGCCUACUUACGUAUCUGAAGUGGCCCCAUUAAAUUUACGAGGGGCUUUUGGUACAGUCAAUCAAUUGGCAGUCGCUUUCGGCUUAAUUUCCUCACAGAUUUUAGGAAUAGAUGCUAUAUUAGGGAGUGAUGAAGGUUGGCCGUGGCUUUUCGGCAUUGCAUUGAUUCCUUCAGGGCUUCAAUGCGUGAUGGUACCAUUCACUGCUGAAUCGCCAAGGUUCCUUUUGCUCACAACUCGUGAUGAAGAAAAAGCUAGGGCGGCACUCGUUAAAAUUAGAGGCCACCCAAACAUUGAAAACGAGAUUAACGACAUGAACGCGGAAGACAAAGCUGAGAAACAAGAAAAGAAGUUUACCGCUUGGGAUCUCAUAAGCCACCGAUCCCUGCGUACUCCGCUCAUAAUCGGUAUAGUUAUGCAUUUAUCACAGCAGUGGGGAGGUAUCAAUGCUGUUUUGUAUUAUUCUUCCACUAUUUUCGAAGGCGCCGGUCUCGAGGCUGAUGAGGCCCGUUUGGCUUCCAUCGGCGUCGGCAGUAUGUUAUUCAUCAUGGCGCUGGUGACUAUUCCGCUGAUGGACCGCCUGGGCCGGCGCACGCUGCAGCUCGGCGGCCUUGCCGGUAUGACCUUGUUUUCGGUCCUAAUGACGGUAGCGUUCUUUACUUAUGAAGAUAACCAAACCAUGAGCAUAUUCGCUGUUAUCUUCACGCUGUUGUACGUGGCGUCCUUCGGCGUGGGGCCGAGCUCGAUCCCGUGGAUGAUCCUGUCGGAGCUGUUCGGGCAGUCCGCCCGCAGCGCCGCGGUCAGCAUCGGCGCGCUCGUCAACUGGUUCGCCAACUUCAUCGUCGGCAUUACGUUCAUCCCGAUGACGGAUGCACUAGGAAAUUAUUUAUUUUUGCCGUAUACAGGUUUCCUCAUAUUCUUCUUCAUAUUUACGUAUUUUAAGUUGCCCGAAACGAAGAAUAAAAGUAUCGAGGAUGUAACGGCUCUAUUCACUUAG